AAAAUGGUAAAUUAUAAAUGGGAUGUAUAUGAUUUUAGUUUGAAAUUCAUUUCGUUAAGUUUAUUCAUUCGAUCAACUCAUUCAAAAUGUACAAGUUUAUUGUUUUUGUGGUUUGCGUUUCAUGUUACUGGAACCAGAAUAAUGCUUAUGUAAUACCCAAUGCAGGAAAUGCUGCAGGAUACGGGGCAGAUAAUUCGGUGAGCGAUCACCAGCUUGAUAAAAAAAAUCCACAAUCGUUUUUCCCAGACUUUCCCUUUGAUUCGGUUCCACAGUCGCUUAACACCAAUGACGCGCUUUUCCCAGCUAAUUUACCCCAAUUUGGAAUGCAAUUCGCCACCAAUGGCUUACAAUCUGGUUUAUCCACCGGGUACAAUGUACCAUUCCAAAGCGGUAACAUGCUCGAUCCGGGUGGAAAUCAAUUCCGCGAUAUAGGCCAAGAUAUGUUUAAUCAGCCUUUGCCACCGAACGGAGUAGUGACUGGAACGAUGCAGUCGAUGAGUCAGGCAGGCAAUCAACAGCCUGUUUUUAAAACAGAAACUUUCAAUAUUACUCCGGAUGGGCAACAAGUAUACGAGAAUAAUAGAUUGGUCGAGGAAUCUCUACGCAAUCCAACACUGCAGACUCCGAUGACACCUCAAGGCACACCUCAGAAUUUAUCCGGUGGAGUUCAGAAUGUAACUCCUCAAGGGCCAAGUGCUACCGGAACUCAGCCAAAUACCAACACUGUUCAGCAACCAAUAACUUCGUCGACUCAGCUGAAUCCAAAUCCUACUAAUCCUAAUUAUUCGUCGCAAGUUCAACAACCUGUUAUGCCUUCUUUGCAAAACCAACAACCAACUUAUCCUUCUCAAAUGCCACAACCUGGUAGUAAUCUUAUGCCACAAAUGCAACAACCUGGUAGUAAUUUUAUGCCACAAAUGCAACAACCUGGUAAUCCUAUGCCUCAAAUCCAACAACCAGGUAACCCCAUGCCUCAAAUCCAACAAUCAGGUAAUCCUAUAUCUCAAGCACCUCAUCAACCUGGCUAUCAAAACCAGCCCAAUCCUGUACUGAAAGUGUCAUCCACCGGUGCAAACACGAGCACAUUUAUUAGCUCCACAAAUGGCCAACCUCCCCAGAUGGCACAAAAUGGAGGCGCUUAUAAUUAUAAUUACGAUUCGACUCAACCUCAGCCAGAGAGCGGAGGUUAUUUCGCAACUGGCGGAUAUACUCCGAAUAUGAACGACCCUAAUCAAGGAACCUACCUUUACACUCAAGGAUCAUUCCCAACGCAACCAAAUCCCAAUGUUCAAUCUUCCAAUCCUUUUAUUCCUACCACCAAUCAAAAUAACCCAGGAAUGAAUCAACAAAUCCCUGGAAGAUUCAAUCAACCAAUGUUUAAUCCCAACCCUAGCAAUCCCAAUUAUAGACAAGGUCUUCAAAAUCAACAAUUACCGCAUCAGCUACCUUUGUUCAACAAUCAGCAAUACAAUACUCAACCCGGCCAUUUCUCAAUUCCCGGUCAAAUUCACCAAAAUAUCAAUCGACUGAAUGGUCAAUUAAGUUCGUUAGGUAUGCCUCAUGUUGAUCCGUCAGCUGUGGUAGCACCUAUGACGCAAUUCAUGCAAACAUUCCCAACGUUGGUACGUAAUGCAGCCAAUCAAGGAUUACAAAUAUCGAAAAUGCCAUUCGAUAUGUUGAACGCUGCAUUAGAUGCAUUUAAUACCGAUUUAAGUAACGUACGAGUAAACGAAUUCGUACAGAUACCCACCGAAGGCGGUAGAGCUAUUGUAAAUAGUAUCGAAGAGAUGAUAAAUCAAUUUCAAAGAAAUUUACAAUCGUAUCAGGUACCUGGGUCUGGGUUAGCUCGUAGAUCACCAGAGCCAUGGAUGCAGUUGCCAAAUUUCGAUACGAGCCAAAUGAGUCAAUAUUAUAACAGCAUUCCAUUCGGUACAGCUCAGGAAAAACUCAAUACCAUGAAAAGCGACAUCCUCAGUAAAAUACAAACACCAACGUUUUCUCAAUUGAAUCCUUUUAACUACUUCUCCCAACCACAGAUGCCACAAAUGCAAAUACCUCAGAUGCCGAAAAUGCAAAUGCCUCAGAUGCCAAAGAUUCCACAAUCCUCCAAUGGUGAACCGGUAGUUAAAAUGUACAGCUCUUCUGUAUCAGAAAGUACCUCAUCUUCUUCUAAAAAUGGCGGUCCUCCAGAAGUAUCCUAUCAAGCAGCUGGUUCUAAGUACGACUACGAUUCAACCAAAGAAAAUCCAGUUGAAUCAGAUUUAGUUGCCAUGAAAGGAUACACUCCAGAUGCAAGUGACCCGAAUGCAGGAAAUUACGAGGCAUAUGAGAAUUCGUAUCCAUGAAGCGAUGAAUGAAUUAAUUGUAGAAAUGUAAGAUUUACUACGUAAUGGUUUAAAAAUUAAACAAACUUGAAAUUUA